AUGCCGUACGAGCUGAUGGCCAGCGUCGAGACGCUGGUCCUGGGCCUAUGGCAUCAUACCCUUCGACUGGCGCCCAGGAAGAGCAGGAAGCUUGCCUGCAACCCCGCCACUCGCACACUCAUCGUUGGAGGGUUUGGAAGGGUUUGGAGGGGUCGGUGGAGGGUCGAAGGAGGGAUGAGGGGUGGUGGAUGCCGAGCAGGGGUCGAAGAGGGGGCCAAGCUCGGUACAUGGCGACUGGCCGAGAGUGCCACACAAAUCGCUCGUACCUUCAGCUUUCCAUGGUCUGCACCGCCUCUUGGACCAGGGUCUGUGACAAGCUCAUCCAAGUCCAAGGAGGGGGUAGGGGUAGGUGGGGGGGAACGCCGCGAGGGCAAGGAGGGCUUCGAAUGCCGAUCGACACGCUUGGAUAGAGGCGAUAAGCACAUCGCUGCGGGCGCGUAUCGACGAGCUGCCCAUGCCCAAGUAGCCACCUGCAACGUCGUGAAGCCAGGCAAGCCAGGCAAGACCAGGAUGCUGUGCAUGCGCGAAAGCCUCGGUAGCCUUGGGAAUGGAGAGAUUUGCAUGAUUCGAUCAAUUCCUGCAUCGUGCGAGAAUCGCCAUUCUCGAUAUUCUUUAUCGCUUUGGAUGACGAGGAGACUCGAAGCUUGGGAGCUGCGGGACAAGCUGGUGUCUCGGAACACAAGAACGUUGCAGGCGGCAAUCAGUGGUGGACGAUCGAAAAGCGUAGGCCUGCUGGGCAAGGCACUCGCUGAGUUUCGUGUCAUACCGAGCCUAUAUGUACACCUCGCUGGAAGGCCCCGAGGACUGGGACUCCACAGCGUCCAGGUCCUCAACUCGCUUCUGGAUUCUUUUCCUGCCCGGCUGCCUGAACUCUUCACUGGCCCGGGGCUCCGAGCACUGGGAUUUGACUUAUCAGAAGAGCUGCAGCACGACCUUCCGCUACCCAAUGGGACGCUGCCGUGGCAUUUGUCGAGUGUCACAAGAACGCUGUUAUUGGAGUACCCGUCAGCGACAGGAACAGCGUGGCCAGCCUGGACAGCGAGAGAUCGGGGCUUUUCAUCCUGGGGCCUGGCUGGGAGAGCGGGCGGGGGAGAGAAUAUGCUGAUGCCUGAGGCGGGAGCGUGCCAGCUGCCGGUCCCCUCCACCGUCCCCCUCCCCAAGUCCCAAGACUCCCCUCGUCAGUCCCAGCUGCUAGCUCGUACCACAUCACUGAAUGGCGACCCAGGCCAAGUCACUUAG